AUGAUACCAAUUCAAGUAUGUUCAGUAAAUUUUGGAAGUAAAUUAAUAAUAGCAAUAAUUAAUGGAAUUGUGACAACAUCAAUAUUGAUAAUUCAAAAUGAUGAACAAGUACUUUUGACUAAAGAAGUUUUAUCAUAUGAACAAGCUUUUUAAUUACAAAAUGUAGAUACCUUGACUAUUGGAAGCAAAGAUAGUAAAUAUUAUUAAUAAUAAAUUAGAUACAAAUAUUAAUUCAUUUAGACUAUCUAAUAUAAGAAUUAGCAAUGGAUUUUAUUAUGUUAUAAAAGAAGAAUGUGCCUUCUCAAUAAAUUAAUGUUUUUAUUGUCUAAAUGUAUUAAAAUUUUAAAUUUAGAAUAAUUAUUUACAUUAAGGAUAGUGUUUACUAGAAUGUCCAUCUAACUUUGAAACCAAUGAAUUUAGAAAAGAAUGCAUACCUAAAUGCCAUCCAACUUGUUUAACAUGUGAUCCAUUUAAUUUAUCUUAUUGCUUGACUUGUUCAGGUAUAAGAAUAAAAGAACCAAAUUGUAGUUGUCCACCAGGCUAUUUUGAUGAUGGAAUAUCUCCUGAUUGUAUAGGUAUUAAUUGAUUUAAUUUAGAAUACUUGCCUGAUCUUACAGUAGAGAGUGGUAUCUUUGAAGGUACUUGUUAAAGUAAUAUUUAAUAAGAAAUUAAAUUUACAAAAAAAUAUCUCUUUCCUCCACUAGUUGCAAUCAGUUUAUUAGGCCAUAUAGCAAAAGAAUAAUAUUAGAAUUAAGGAUUAAUAUUUACAAUUUCUGCCUAAGAUAUCACCAAUAUCUCUUUUUUCCUAACAGUAAUAUGUAUGGAUCCAAAAGUUUACAUAAAGGUAUAGUGGGUGUCUGGUUACAGUAGUAGAUUUUUUAAUGUGAAUAACAAUUUAAUUGGGGUAUUUCCUGUAGAUGUAUUUGAUGUCUCCAUUUAAAAGGAAAAUUUAGUUAUUGGAAAUAUUUUAGGAUGGAAUAUAGAUGAGUUUGAUUAAUAGGAUAUUAAUUUAAAUUUAGAAAAAAAAUCAGAUACAAAUACUUUUGAAUUUACAACAAAUUUAUCUUUAGUAUAAAUAUUUUAUCAAUUAUUUGAAUUCACAAAUUAUGUUUAUGAUUAAAUAUUAAUAAGUUUAGAUUUGUGUACUUAAGGGAAAGAUUUUUCAAUAGGAGGAGCACAUUGGAAUGUGAAUAUUAAACAUGUUCCUCUUAGUAUUCCCAGCUUUACAACCUUGAAAUAAUUUAACAAUUAAAAUUCACAUAUCUUAUAAUUUUACUUAUCAGAAAAUAAAAGGACUGGAUAGAUGAAAUACUCUCUUAAAACAUUAGGUUAAUAAACUACUUUCCCUUAUUUAAAAGGAGAUAUUGUUAUUUUUGCAAUUAAAUGUAAUAAUCAUUAUAAACCAUGUGAUUAUGUUGAAGAAUUGUAAAAAUGUCAUAAAAUAUUAUCAAAUUGUGAAUGCAGUUCUUCUUAAUAUUAUAAUUCAGUCAAAAAUUAUUGUGUAGAUUGUUCCUACAAUUGUUAAACUUGUGAUAUUCACUAUACAAAUUGUUUAACAUGUCCAUCUGAAUAUUAAUAAACACUACUAUAAGAUUAAGUUACAUUAUACUAUUACUGUGGAUGUAAACAAAAUCAAUUUCAAGAUUCAGAUGGAAUUUGUUAAGAUUGUGAUCCUAUGUGUUUGUCAUGUGAAUAAACAAAAACUAAAUGUAAGAGUUGCAUUGAACCUAAAAUUUUAAAUGAAUAAAAUUAAUGUAUUUGCAACCCUGGUUAUAUUGUGACUUAGUUUGGUUGUGAAUGUAUAAUAUAUUUUUAAAUGUAGAAAGCAUUCUAGAUUUAUGUUCCUUUUUUAAAGAUGAUAAUUAAUGUGAACAAUGUGUUCCAUUAUCAUAAUUUAAUCCUAUAACUAAGAAAUGCGAAUGCAAUUUUGGGUAUUAUUAGGAGGAUCAAUAAUGCUUAGGUAAAUAAUAUUAAUAUUUAUAGCAUGUAAUGAACCAUGCUUAUCUUGUCUAUCAAAUACAAGUUGCUUAUCAUGUGUGGCAACUAUGUAUUUUGAUUAAUUUAGUUGCCAUGAAUGUUAAUAACCUUGUUAUGAAUGUAAUUCAGAAACAUCUUGCAUUAGUUGUAUCAAUUAAACCUAUAUUUUGGAUGGUGAUUAAUGCUUGCUUAGAGAUUAUUCUAUACAACAAGAUUGUGAAGAAGGUUUUGAACUGUUAAAUAAUCAAUGUGUAUCAAUAUGUGGAGAUAAAUUAGUAACAAAUAAAGAAGAAUGUGAUGAUGGUAAUAACAUUUAAUUUGAUGGAUGUCAUUUGUGUUAAUAUUCCUGCACUUAGAAUUGCACUGACUGUUAUUAAGGUAAUUGUUAAGAAUGUGAAAAUAAUUUUAUUUUACUUACAAAUGGUUAAUGUGAAUCAAAUUAAAUAUGUGGUGAUGGAAUAUAAAUGGAUCCGGAAUUUUGUGAUGAUGCUAAUACUAUUGGAGGAGAUGGUUGCAAUAAUUGUUUCAUAGAAUCUAAUUGGAAAUGUAAUGAAUUAAAUGAAUGCACAUUCUUUAAGGCUCCUUAAUUAAUUCUUAUUUAUUAAAACUAAACCUUUAAUAAAUAAUAUGUUUCAAUUACAUUUACCCAAAAAGUUAAGGUAUAUUCCUCCAUUCCUUUAUCUUAAACAUUUGAAUUUGAUAUCCUAAAUAUCUCUAAUAAAUACUAUAAUUACAAAUUGCAUAUUAAAUAAGAUACAAAUCAAGAAAUUCAUCUUCCUGAGUAUAUUUUAGAACUUGAAAUUAAUCAAUUGCUUGAUUAUAGACCUAUUUUGA